AUGUUUGGAAUAUUACUUCGUAUUUCAUAUUCAGCAAUUAGAACAUGCGAAGAUUUAGAUUUUUGUGCGGAGAAUAUCGGAAAGUCCCAAACGUGGGCCAUUGACAAGUCUACAAUCAUCGCAAACGAUUCUGUUUAUUUUACAAUGCAGAAUGAAGAAAAGAAAAGCAAAAUAUCUUUCCAAAUCAGCUACAUAGCAAAUGUUGGCUUUAGAUUUAGAGCUAAUCCAAUUCCUGCAGAUAAUUUCUUUAGAUACGAUUUAUCAAACGAAUCUCUUGUAAUUGAUCAAGAUACAAUCAAAAACUUAGAAGUAUUAAAGUCAGAAAUUGGAGAUAAAAUCAUUCUUAAGCGCGAUUCUAUGGCUUUAACCGUAGAAUUUGAACCGUUUAAUAUCUACAUCGAAAACAAUGGAGAACGAAUCAUUACCAUUAAUGGCGAACAAUCCUUACUCUUCCAACAUCAUAUGGAAGUUGAAGAACCAGAUAAAUGGGAAUCUUUUACAGAUUUGAUUCCAAACGGUCCAACAGCCGUAGCAUGUGACUUCAAAUUCGAGAAGGAAGGCGUUCAUUUCAGUGGUCUUGGCGAAAGAUCAGCUCCAUUAAAUAUAGAAAACCAACAAGAGCCAAUUCGCUUAUACAACACAGAUGGUUAUGAAUACGAUAAAGAUUCAUACACAAAUCUUUACGGAUCAGUUCCAUUUUUGCUUGCCCAUGCUUCUGGAUACAAUGUUGGCGUUUUUUGGAUGAAUCCAUCCGAUACAUUUGUUAAAUUCGACGAAAACAAAGCUUUCUUCAUCAGUGAAGGCGGUUUCCUUGACUUUGUCAUCAUCCAAGGCUCAUUUUACGAAAUAUUAAAUUCAUAUACAUUAUUAACAGGCCGUCCGCAGCAUCCACCGCUAUUUUCAUUAGGUUACCAUCAAAGCAGAUGGGAUUACAAGAACUUGGUCACUGUAAAACAAGUUAUUAAAGAAUUAGAUGAUGCGAACAUUCCAUUUGAUGUUUUCUGGCUUGAUAUCGACCAUUUAGAAGGCAAAACACCAUUUACAGUUAGCGAAUCCUUCCAACCUCUUGAAGAUCUCAUUGAAUUAUUAGAUAAACAGCACAGAAACCUUGUUCGAGUCUGCGAUCCUCAUUUUCCAACAUCAGUAGAUAACAGGCAGUACAAAGAAACCCGUUCCAGGAAGCUUUUGGUCCAAACAUCAAAAGGAAUGACUUUUAUCGGCGAUAGUUGGCCAGGACAAUGUUCUUUCCCUGAUUUCCUUAAUACAGCGGUCAGAGAUUACUGGGCCAAGCAGUUCAAUUACGGAAUGGACGUUACCGGACAAAAUGUAUUUUAUUGGAACGACAUGAACGAGCCAUCCAUCUUCAAGAACUACGAAUCGACAUUCCCUAAGGACAACAUCCACUUUGGCGGUGUCGAAAACCGAGAAGUCCAUAACAUCUAUGGCCAUCUAAAUUCAUUUUCAACAUUUGAUGGUUUAUUACAUAGAAACAACGACCAAAACAUCCGCCCCUUUGUUCUUUCCCGUAGUUUCUUCUCAGGAUCACAGAGAUACGCUUUCACAUGGUCAGGAGACAACACAGCGACAUGGGACCACUUACAUACAUCAGUUCACAUGGCCAUUACAUCUGGAAUUUGUGGAAUUCCUUUGACAGGCUCUGAUGUUGGUGGUUUCUUACGAUCACCCGAUGAAUUGUUGUUGACAAGGUGGAUGCAGUUGGGAUCUCUCUGUUAUCCUUUCUUUAGAGAACACUGUCAUCAUAAAUCACAAAGAAGAGAACCAUCGAAUUACGAAGGAGAAACAUUAAAUGCAUUGAGAAAUGCAAUUAUUAAUAGAUACAAACUAUUACCAACAAUAUAUACAUUUGCAUACGAAUCAUCACAAACAGGAUCACCAAUUACAAGACCAUUGUUUGCGGAGUUCCCAGAUAAUGAUGAUUCACAUGAAAAUGGCGAAGAUUUCAUGAUUGGUGAUUUAGUUUUAGUUAAACCAAUUGUUGAUGAAGAUGAUGAAGAAAAAGAAACAGAGAAAUUGAAUUACAUAGAGAUGUAUAAUACUAAGUUCUUCCCAUUACCAAUGUAUGGAAUAAAAGGAAAUGAAAAAGUUAAAUCAGAUGAGAUUUCUAAAUAUCCAGUUUAUUUGAGAGAAGGAAAGAUAUUACCACUAUUCAGUACAGUUACAAAGAAUACACACGAAACAUUGAGAUCAUCAGAUAUUGAUCUUGUCAUUGCAUUGAAUGAAGAAGGAACAGCGAAAGGAAGAUUGUAUCUGGAUGAUGGAAUUUCUUAUAACUACAAGAAUGGUGAAUAUCUUUAUGUAGAAUUAUCUUACAAAGAUGGAAAAGUUUCAUAUCAAAGAAUUGGAGAUAAAGAACAAACUAUUCCUGAUUUCUUAGCUACAAAGAAGAUUUCUAAUGUUAUUAUUUUGGAAGCUGGAAAAGAACCAAAUACUAUCAAAUUAGAUAUUUCUUUCUAA